AUGGGCCAGACGGGUCUCUGCAGAACCGAGGCCAGCCAGGUGGAUGGUGGUGGCGAGCUGCUGUUGACCGGACCUCCCUGCAUCAUCGCCGGCCCGGGAUUGGAGGACACCGCAGAAGCCCUCCGGAAGAAGAUGGGCUGUGCGGGCAGUCCGAGCGUCGACUGGAACAGCUUCCCCUCGGGUGAUCCGAAUGUGCGGUUCCGGUGGCAGGAUGUUCAAGGACAGCACGUGAUUUUCCUCUUUGACACGGUGGACAGGGAACGACUUUUCGAUCAGCUGUCUCUGUUGCAGCAACUCCAGGGCUUUGCGCUCCCCGACAGCGACGAUGCCCCGAACAAGUGGAAGACAUACGCGCAGGAGGGACGCUAUGCUUGGGGACGUGCACAUCGUGUGACGGUCGUGAUUCCCUGGUACCGUCCUUGCCAAAUGGAGCGGACCAGUCGUUGGGAGCCCCAAUCGGGUGGGCCCUGGACCAACUCAGUCCCAGAAGGGCGCUGGCUUGAUGUCCCCACUGCGCGGACUUUGGCUACACUGAUGGCAGCCGAGGCUCCUGCGCCACCUGGGGCCGGUCCAGCGAUUGCGCUGGACUCUCGUCCAAUCGUUCCCCUCUGGCGGCCGCCGCUGUCGCUGUUCUUCGUCGAACUGCACGAGGAGGAGCCUGUCCGUUCAGCCGUCCCGUCGAAGGUGAGCAUACGCACAGAGCGCUUUGUGCCGUUUUUCUUGGAUGUCUUCAAGGACCGCAAGAACUAUCCAGGCGCCGAGCAACUCUUCGUUCUUUUCCCAGACCACGGCGCUUUCAGCCGCUACAAGAGCAGCGUCGAGGACCGCCUCGGCUUAGCGGCUGACCACAUCUUGUAUAUCAACAAGACACGCGUCGGCGACCAGAUCAAGCAGGAGCAGAAGCUAAACUACGAGCUUCCGGCAGGUGCAACUGGGGAGAAGACGUUCUUCGACAAGGGCAGCCAUGUGCUGGUCAUCGACGACUUCACCAACUCGGGUAGCACCCUCUUCGGUGCGGUCACGUUAGUCCGUAGCUUGCUCCGCUCCUCUGGUGGCCUCAUGGGACUAUCGGAGAAGGAGCAGAUCGAAGGCUUGCCAGUGUCGAUCUUUGUCUCCCAUCUGGUUGCUGCGUACACGCCGGAGACCGUCACAAAAAUCCGGAAGAAGCUCGCGGCCUUAGGCCCUACAUGCAAGCUCUACACCACCGACAGCAUUCCGCUGACCACGAAGAUGCUAGAAGACGAUCGCCAGGCGGAGGUGCUUCCGCUCGCGGACUUCUUCUUGGAGUAUUUGAGAUGA